CUAGCCUCGAGGUGUCGGUAGUGUUCUCAAGGUUAAGGAACGCGGUGUGAAGAGGAAGCCGUCGUAAUCUACGAGUAAGUAGAAGUCAUAAAGUUGGUGGGCACAAGAGUGUCUGUGGGUCUUGCCGCCAGGAGAAUAUGGAAAUGGCAGGGUGGUGGUACAGAUUGGCGGCAUUAGUUGUUGCGUUAAUUUCAACCACACACAGCGCUCAGAUUUUGGGAAUAAUUGCGACUCCAGCAAUAAGCCACAACAAGGUCUUCGCAGCCCUGACUGACGAGCUUGCCCGUCGAGGGCAUCGGGUGACAGUCAUCAGUCCUUUCCCAAAGAAGCCCAUUCCUAACUUAAAAAACAUUGAAGUGGAAAUGGUUUUGAAAGAUCACAAUAUACCAAAUUUCUAUGAUAUAAAAAACAUGGGCACAAUUGGAUUAUCAAUAUUUGUGUGGAACGUGGGUCUUUCAUGCUGUGCCUCAGUUCUCCAACAUCCAGAAGUUCAGGCUCUGAUACAUUCCAAAGAUCACCACUUCGAUGCCAUCAUGGUGGAAGCAUUUAUGAACGAGUGCUUUCUAGGGUUCGCGCAUAAAUUCAAAGCUCCUAUAAUUCAGAUAUGCCCAUUUGGAGGAACAGCUUAUAUGGGAGAUUGGGUCGGAAAUCCUAAUCCCUUUUCAUAUAUUCCCGACCCCGUUCUUCACUUCAGCCAUCAUAUGACAUUUUGGGAGCGUUUGGUAAAUACAGUAAACGGCGACUAUUUAAGGAUUGGGCAAGAGUUUUAUAAUAUACCCAGGCAGGAUUCAAUUAUGAGAAAGUUUUUUAAUGAAACGGAACCGAUACCCCCAUUGUCUGAGCUUGUUCGUAACACUUCGUUACUUCUCGUCAACAAUCACUUCAGCCUGAAUUAUCCGAGGCCACUAAUGCCCAACUUGAUUGAAGUUGGCGGUAUGCACGUGCAGCCACCGAAAGAACUACCUCAGGACCUACAAAAGUACUUGGAUGAAUCUCCACAAGGAGUGAUCUACUUCAGUAUGGGUUCUGUCCUGCAAGGGUCCCUCAUGCCUGAAACUGCCAGAAACGCUUUCCUCGAAGCCUUCUCUAAACUAAAGCAACGAGUGUUGUGGAAGUGGGAGAUAGAAUCGUUACCAGGACAACCAAGCAACGUGAAACUGGGGAAGUGGCUGCCUCAGUCAGAUAUUCUGGCUCACCCAAACGUCAAGCUCUUCAUCACACACGGAGGGUUGCUGAGCAAACAGGAGGCCCUGACUCGUGGAGUGCCUUUGCUGGGAAUCCCAAUAUAUGGAGAUCAGCACUUGAAUAUGCGAAAAGCCGUGAAUUCUGGAUACGGAAUUCUACUGGAGUUUGAAAACAUCACGACGGAUUCUGUUCUUUGGGCGAUAGAGUCGGCACUUCAACCCAGGUUCCGCGAGAACGCCCAACGCGUGUCCAGAAUCUUCCGGGACCAACCGCUCACACCGCUGGAGCAAGCCGUGUUCUGGACGGAGUACGUGAUCAGGCACAAGGGAGCGCCUCACAUGCGUUCAGCUGCACUCGACCUCGCCUGGUACCAGUACUUCCUGCUAGAUGUCAUCGCUGCUUUAGCAUUUUCUGUCGGUUUCGUUUCUUUCAUAUUGUUUCUGAUUUGCAGGGCAAUUUUUAAGAAAGUGUGCAGUAGCACAUCACCGAAGAAGAGUAUUACUAAACAGAAGAAACAUUAACGAGUGUGAUAAUCAGGAAAAUGCGUUUUGUUUGAGAGACCACUUCUUUAUAACUUGGUAUUCGUUUUUCUGUCUUGCUCUUCUAUGCAGGGAGUUUUUAUUUCCAAUGACCUUCAUGUCUACACCAUCUACCACAAACAUAAAACAUAGGUUGGCUUAUCCAAGAACCUUGGCACAUGUCCGAAGUCUCUACUGAAUCAUUCCGUAUUAAAGCAAACAGUGCUCUACCCAAAAUCA